AUGAGUGCUAAUAACACGACCAUUGGCAGAGAGAAAUUCGACAUGGAUCACUUGCGCCCAGUCAUGCGCAGAGUAUUGAAUGCGUCACUCACCAACGCCAAAUACCAAGACUUGGACAGCGACGCAACGGCAGCGAUAGCGCAUAAGAUCAAGCAGCACAUGCUGGAGCAGUCUGGCCAAGGUUUCAAAUACAUAGUCUUUGUAAACGCCUCCAAAAAUAAUAAUCAGGGUCUCAGAGCGGAUGCGAGCAUGCAUUGGGAGAUGGAUGCUGACGCCUUUGUACAAGAUGUUUAUCAGUCUGAACAUAUCAUUUGUAUCUGCGUAGCAUAUGCGAUUAGAAUAUGA